GCCCGAAGGCGGCGGCGCGGCGAUGACGCAGUUCCGGCGAUGACGUCAGAGGCAGCAUGGCGGCGGCGGAGAAGGCGCAGCGCUACGAGGCGUUCGUCAGCGACGUCCUGCAGCGAGACCUCAGGCGGGUGCAGGAACAGCGCGACGCCGUGUUCGAGCAGCAGGCUCAGGUGCUGCAGCUCCGCUCCGCCCUCUCCCGCCUCCAGGACGUCGACGCCCCCCUGCACACUCAGGUGGAUCUCGGCUGCAAUUUCUUCGUCAGUGCGGAAGUCCCGGACCCCCGGCGCGUUUUCGUGGCUUUGGGGUUCGGAUUCUUCGCGGAGCUGACGCUGCCCGAGGCCCUUCGGCACCUGGAGCGCCGCAGUUCGCUCCUGCAGAGGCUCAGCGAAUCGCUGACGCGCGACGGCGCCAAGAUCCGCGCCCACAUCCGCCUGGUGCUGGAGGGCCUGCGGGAGCUGCAGGGGCUGCAGGAGCCCCCCGUGACCUCUGACCCCUGACCCCUGACCCCUUGGGACACCCGUGUGUAAACCUGGAGUAAAUCGGAGUGUUACAACCAGGAGUAACCUGUGUGUAAAGCCGGAAUAAAAUGGAGUUUUUUAUACAUACACGUAUGUAAAAUAUGAGUAAAAAGGAAUUUUUACAACCAGGAGUAACCUGUGUGUAACACCCGAAUAAAAUGGAGUUUUUUAUUCAUACAUGUGUGUAAAAUAUGAGUAAAAAGGAAUUUUUACACCCGGGAGUAACCUGUGUGUAAAGCUGGAAUAAAGCAGGUUUUACAACCGGGAGUAACUUGUGUGUAAAGCCGGAAUAAAAUGGAGUUUUUUAUACAUA